GAUGAGUUUGUUAUGACAUAAAACUUGCAGGAGCUGCUUCGUAAUGCUGCAGUUAGUGUACUAAGACCCAUAAUUGAAGCUUUCUUAGAUUCAUUGUACAGAGGCAGAGAAGGCAAGAUUGGUUACAAUCCGAUCGGCAAGAUCCAUGUGCGUUUCAGUAAAUGCUGCAUUAAUCAACAUCAGGUUAUCUUCUUCCAUCACCAUCCUACUUUAAUGUGGUGACCUAAAGGUCGGACAAUGGGGUUCCUCUCGCCGAUUCCUUGACCUAACAAAUUGGUUAUGCCUGAGCCGCAAAGAUGCCGAUCGCCGCACAAUCCUCCCAGCUCUCGAGCACCGAGACCUUGUACCUUUCUAGCCUUUCAUUAGUUUGCGUCGCCGUCCUCGUACGAACAUUUGAGGGUGAAGGGGAACCUCUAGUCGCCUCCCUAGCCCUUAGCGGUAUCGCAUUCGCUGCUUCUUAUGCUAUGAUACGAUGGCUCGGUCCGACGUUCAUUAAAGCUGGAUUGAAAGGUCGCGAUCUCUCCAAGGUGAACAAUAGCAACUACAUACCGGAAUGUAUGGGUGGUAUAUGCGCUGUGGUCUACCUAUUGAUCAUAAUUGUCUUCAUACCAUUCCCGUUUUACAAGGAUAUCGUGGUCGCUACUAGUGGUGGUGGAAAUCGUGAUGUCGUGAAGAACGUGGAGUUUGUUCAGCAGGGAAGGUUGCUUCACAAGUUUCCUCAUAGCAAGCUAGCCUCUUACCUCUCCGCCAUCAUCUCGCUCCAGUCUAUCACCCUACUUGGAAUUGGCGACGACCUAUUUGAUAUCCGCUGGCGGCAUAAAUUCUUCAUCCCGGCCUUUGCCUCCCUCCCGCUUCUAGUCAUCUAUUUUAUUGACUUUGGCGUUACAUCGAUUGUACUCCCAACCUUUCUCCAACCCUAUAUUGGCCGCGAGUUAUUCGACCUCGGAAUCCUUUACUAUGGAUACAUGUCAGCCUUUUCCAUCUUCAGUCCUAACAGCAUCAACAUUCUUGCUGGAAUCAAUGGGAUCGAGGUUAGCCAGAGCAUUGUCAUUGCGCUGCUUCUCGCAUUUAAUGAUGCGCUCUAUCUACUCACGCCGUACCCUCAUCCAGCUACGGACUCGCAUUUGUUCUCCCUCUACUUCCUCCUACCCUUCCUAGGUGUGAGCUUCGCGCUGCUGAUCCACAAUUGGUAUCCUGCCCGCGUCUUCUGUGGAGACACGUAUUGUUACUUCGCCGGCAUGGUAUUCGUGGUGGUUAGUAUCCUAGGCCAUUUUUCGAAGACCCUGAUUCUGCUGCUAGUCCCUCAGAUCUUCAAUUUUGUCUACAGCACACCCCAGCUAUUCGGGCUAAUCCCGUGCCCACGUCACCGCCUGCCACACUUUAACGCGCGGACUGGCCUACUCGAGCCAAGUGUGACCAAGUGGGAAAAAGACAAGCAACCCCGUCCUAUCAUCGCAAAAGUAUUGCGGCUAUUGUCGCAGCUCAGGUUAUUACGCCUCAAGGAGGAUGAACAGGGUCUAAUUGAGGAGACAAGUAACUUCACAAUUCUGAAUCUCUGGCUAGUCUGGAGAGGCCCGAUGCGUGAGGAUAGACUUGCCAAGGAGAUCACAGCCAUGCAGACAAUAUUAGGCUUGUUUGGCCUUUUCGUCAGACACAAACUAGCCCUCCUCAUCUUCAGGGAGGAUAAUCUAAAUAUUAGAAGCGCUGUUUAGCCAGAAGUCUGAUUAGAUUACUUCUGCAGAUACCCAUUUCAUACCGGUUGCAAACUAUCGUACGAACUAUGAAACUCCAGCUAGACCACGUACAUAGACUCAGGCAAUUCGCCCAAACGCAAAAACUGAUAGUAAUCGGAUCGAUGAUUUACAAAUUACGUCUUGUAUUCCCUAAUUCGUGAAUUAGAACCCUGUACGAACCAAACCCGAAAAUACGUUUUACCCUGUUAAGACCUGCAGUAGUCGCCCAAACCAGGGUUCAAAAUCCCAUACAUGUCGUAGUCAAGGCCAAGAGCUAGUGAUACCCCGGCGAAGGACCC